UUGGUUGGUUCUGUGCAUACUUCUAAUAGUAUCACAGGACCAUUCACCGACGAUUUUCAAUCGUGGCUCAAAGAGUGAGUGACUUUUAUUUUCAACAAUAUAAUCAUAAUUUGAAUUAUUUUUAGUAACGAUUAUUCGUCUUAUGAUUUUCCUCGAGAAGACUACGGUACUCAAGGAAGUUAUGGUGGAAAAGUUGAUGCAAAUACAGUAAUCUCAAACACUCCAGUCGUAUUUAUCCAUGGAAACUCAGAUGCUGCACUUCAUAAAUCUUCAGCUGCCACAGGAUGGUCGAACUCAAUCGAAUACUUCUUAGAACAAGGGUAUACUACUGCUGAACUCUAUGCAACUUCCUGGCAAGACACAAAUGCAUUGAAUGCCGCAUCAAGAACUCAUGAUUGUUAUGAUCUUGUCAGACUUCGAAAAUUCCUCGAAGCAGUGUUGGCUUACACCAAAGCACCAAAAAUCUCAGUAGUCACUCAUUCAAUGGGUGUAACUCUUGGAAGAAAAAUUGUGAAAGGAGGAACGAUGGAAGCCGCUGAUGGAAGAUGUGAUCUUGGAGCAUCGUUGGCAUCAAAAGUUGAAGUUUUCGUCGGAAUCAGUGGAGCAAAUUAUGGACUUUGUAAUUGCGAAGGUGGAGCAGCAACUCUUGAGAAAACAUGCAAUCGUAAAAAUGGAUUAUGGCCUGGUGAUUCGUGCGGUUUGAACUACCUCGAUUGCGGUUUGAGUCCACUUCCAUGGCCAUGUUCAAGCCACUCUUAUUCAACAUUUUUGAUGAAUUUGAAUUCCGACAAAACCAAGGAAGCUCUCUAUGUUUUCAGUGCUUGGAGUCAUGCUGACGAAUUAAUCGAAUACAAUAACAUGGUUUGGGGACAACAAACCUCAUUGAUUCCAACUUCCGAUGCUUCAAUCAUUUAUAAUACUUAUGGACAUAUGGAAACCAAAGAUUUGACAUCAGUCGAUCAAUAUAAAAUGGUCAAACAUUUCACUGUUAAAUAA